GCGCCUUCUGGGGCCCUUGGUGGCCACUGCACCUCAGUUCACCCUCGGCUCCCGCGCCGCCAGCAUGACCGACGCACUGCUACCCGCGGCCCCCCAGCCACUGGAGAAAGAGAGCGAUGACUACUUUCGGAAGGGCUGUAAUCCCCUUGCGCAAACUGGCCGGAGCAAGCUGCAGAAUCAAAGAGCUGCCCUGAACCAGCAGAUCCUGAAGGCUGUGCGGAUGCGGACAGGAGCUGAGAACCUUCUGAAAGUGGCCACAAACCAGAAGGUGCGGGAACAGGUCCGCCUGGAGCUGAGCUUCGUCAACUCAGACCUGCAGAUGCUGAAGGAGGAGCUGGAGGGACUGAACAUCUCCGUGGGAGUGUACCAGGGCACCGAGGAGACCUUCACCAUCCCUCUGAUUCCUCUCGGCCUGAAGGAAACCAAAGAAGUUGACUUUUCGGUCGUCCUCAAGGAUUUUAUCUUGGAACAUUACAGCGAAGACAGCUAUUUGUACGAAGACGACAUUGCAGAUCUUAUGGACCUGCGGCAGGCUUGUCGAACACCCAGCAGGGAUGAGGCAGGGGUUGAGCUGCUCAUGUCCUACUUCAUCCAGCUGGGCUUUGUGGAGAGUAGGUUUUUCCCGGCCACCCGCCACAUGGGGCUCUUGUUUACCUGGUAUGACUCCCUCACUGGGGUUCCAGUCAGCCAGCAGAACCUGCUGCUGGAGAAGGCCAGCAUUCUUUUCAACAUCGGGGCACUCUACACCCAGAUUGGGACCCGCUGUAACCGGCAGACACAGGCUGGGCUGGAGAGCGCAGUGGAUGCCUUCCAGAGAGCUGCAGGGGUUUUAAACUACCUGAAAGAGACAUUCACUCAUACUCCAAGUUACGACAUGAGCCCUGCCAUGCUCAGUGUGCUGAUCAAAAUGAUGCUCGCCCAAGCCCAAGAAAGUGUGUUUGAGAAAGUCUGCCUUCCAGGGAUCCAGAACGAGUUUUUUGUGCUGGUAAAGGUGGCUCAGGAGGCCGCCAAGGUGGCAGAAGCCUACCGGCAGCUGCAUACAGCCAUGAGCCAGGAACCAGUGAAAGAGAACAUACCGUAUUCGUGGGCCAGUGUGGCCUAUGUGAAGGCCCACCACUACGGGGCCCUGGCUCACUACUUUGCCGCCACCCUCCUCAUCGAUCACCAGCUAAAGCCGGGCGCAGACGAGGACCAGCAGGAGAAGUGCCUGUCCCAGCUCUAUGACCACAUGCCAGAAGGGAUGACACCUCUCGCCACGCUGAAAAAUGAUGGGCAGCGCAUGCAACUGGGUAAGGGACAUCUGCACCGGGCCAUUGGCUACCACGAGGAGUCACUGAGGGAAGCAAACUUGUGCAAGAAGCUGCGUGACAUUCAGGUGCUCCGGGAUGUGCUGUCCGCUGCCCAUCAGCGCACUCAGCUCAAGUACACCCAGCACCGAGAGGAUGAUGAUCUUCUGAACUUGAUUGACGCUCCAGAUGUCCUUUCAAAAACUGAACGAGAGGUUGAAAUAACCUCCCCCCAGUUCUCCAAAGUGACAGUCACAGACUUCUUCCAGAAGCUGGGACCCCUGUCCGUGUUCUCGGCCAACAAGAGAUGGACACCUCCUCGAGGCAUCCACUUCACAGUGGAGGAAGGAGACUUGGGUUUCACCUUGCGAGGGAACGCCCCGGUCCAAGUGCACUUCCUGGAUCCUCAGUGUUCUGCUUCGCUGGCAGGGGCCAAAGAAGGAGACUAUAUUGUUUCCCUUCAAGGCAUGGAUUGUAAGUGGCUGACAGUGGGUGAGGUUAUGAAGUUGCUGAAGAGCUUUGGUGGGGACGAAGUUGAGAUGAAGGUCGUGAGCCUCCUGGACUCCACAUCAUCCAUGCAGCACAACAAGUGUGCCACUUACUCUGUGGGAAUGCAGAAGACUUACUCCAUGAUCUGCCUGUCCAUGGACGAUGACGAUAAAACUGACAAAGCCAAGAAGAUCUCCAAGAAGCUCUCCUUUUUGAGUUGGGGCACCAGUAAGAACAGACAGAAGUCGGCCAGCACACUCUACCUCCCCGAGGUUGGCCUGGCAAGGCCUCACACCAAGAAGAAACUGCCCACACCCUUCAGCCUGCUCAACUCCGACAGCUCUCUGUACUGAAGGGGGACGGAACAGUUCACUCCAAGGCCGACAAGGCUGUUAAACACCUGGGCCACGAUAGCAACGUUCUCCAAGCCCAUCUUCUCAGAUGUACACUCGAGUUUGAUGGGCUUAUGAAAGUGAGAAGAACCUCUAGACCUUGGUGGAAAACCCAGCUGCACGGGGUUUUCACACUGCUGCUGCAGUUAUUUAUUGUAUAAAGUAGGGCAUAGAAGAGCCUGGAUGGUAUGGCUGUGUUGAAUGGCUGUGGUUAUGACGUUCAGGCACUGUGAGUAAUGAAUUGGGGCCACCUACCUUGGUAUAUUUUUGAGUGUCUAGAUUUGGGUAAUAGUGAUCUCUUAACCUCAAGUUCAAAUGACCCUUGAAUGGAGGCAGGUUAGAGGUGGUUAUUGAAGCCAGGCUGCUUGGCGGAUCUCUGUGAGUUCAAGGCCAGUCUGGUCUAUAGAGUGAGUUCCAGGACAGCCAGGGCUACAUAGAGACCCUGAAAAACAAACAACCACAGAACAGGCUACUUCAUCUCCUUGGGAAUUCAUGAGCUGCAAAUGGCAACAUUUUAUGUCAUUCCUCCACAAUGUGAAUGUUAUUUCCCAGAUACAGUCUAGUGCCAACUUUGCCUUGAGUUUUUCCAGGAUCAGCUGCCCUCCAGUUGGACCCCACUGAGCAGUGGCUAACAUGGCGGCGGUGGGCGGCAGUGUUAGGAGAUACUGUCUCCAGGGUAGAUGAGAUGCUGUUUGAUACUCAAAACGUUGCUCUUUUUGUGUAAAGUAGGUAUGUAACUGUGUAUCUUAAGAGUCUUGGUUUAAGAAGUAGUUUUGCAGUUUACAAGGUAAAGACGUAAACUUCCUCAAGUUGAAACCUCUACUUGACUUUGGGCUAUAGGUUGGAUGACACUGUGACUUUUCCAGAGUCAUGGUUGACACAGUUUAAGUGAUAUGCUUAACGAUGUAGCCUGUGGAUCUUAAUUUGAGAAGUAACAAGGAUUUAAAUAUUUUUCUACUGUGCAAUAUCUUAAGAAAGCAAACGCCUUUAAGACAGUAUGCCCACUAUCCCAGGGCUGUGUGUAUAAAUAUUUAAAUAAAUAGCCAUGUUCAUUGUUUAA